AAUUCCUGCGACCAGAUGGCGUGCGGGUAAUUUAGAGAGUUUCUGUUCAAAUUAUAAAGUAUGCAUAUAUGCAUAUACACGUGGGAAAUACCACCAACACCACCACACUUAAUCGAUACAUUUUUGACACCUUCGUUCAUAACAGAAAAAGACUUGGACUCGCGUAAUUUAAGACUGGUUUAGUGUUGGGUUAACACAGAGAGAAAAGCACGAGCCGUGCUCGAAUGAAAUGUUCGCAUGAACGAAGAAGCCCUGGUCAAUAAUUGGGUGCUAUACGAUUCAAAGUCUAAUAACAGUAAAUGGCACCAUCUAAGGAAAAAUGGGUACGAAGGUUCCUUAUCAAUGAGACUUCGCGUCACAGGAAAGGAUUUACCGUGUACAAAGUUACAUCAGUGGUCGAUAUAUCCUAAAUCAGCCCCAGAGGCUGUGUCCAGAGUUUCGGUUUGGAAGCGAUACAGCGACUUUAGGAAGUUGUACCUGGAGCUGAGCAGCCGUCAUGACACUUUGAGGAUCAAAGAGGCCUUCCCACCUUUCCCAAAGCCCAAGUUCUUUGGCCGUUUUGAGGCGGAAGUUAUUGAGGAGCGACGACAAUGUGCAAUCAGACUUCUGGAGUUUGUAGCAAGGCACACUCCACUUUUUACAAGCAAUGUAGUUGUCAAGUUCUUCGAGUCUGGACAUGCCAGAGACUAUCUAACCGACUGCUCGGCAUCCAUCGGCUCCGAUACCUCUGAAGAGGACCCAAACUUGAACUCCGCUCUCAGAGGCACCAGCUACGUUCCAACCACUGUGCAGAAUACUCAGUUUCCGACUUCAAACGGCAGAACGAUCAUACUAGCCAACAAUGAUAUUGAGACGAGUGAUAAUGUUUCCCAGAGCUUAUCUGUGAACAAUAACUGCAUUGACGAAAUUGGCGUGGUCAGUGAGAAUGGCGUCAACAUAAGUGGGACAAAGCCAAUCAAUAAUACGAAUGACGGAGGAAAACUUGAGAGGCAAUCGCCAACCUGUGACAGGUAUGAUGCCCCUAAAUUCACAGCUUGGCUUCAAGCUUCGAAUGGCUUUUCAGUCCAUGAUGGAUCUGACUUACCUGAGGGUGCCGCUGAAGACUUGAGCAGUUAUAUUCUAGUAUCGGCUGCCCACAUGAGCGCAGCUUUCAGACACGAGGCUGUGUGUGAAUACGAGGAAGCAUUCACGCUGUAUAAAUUGGGCAUAGCAAACCUACUCAAUGGUGUUCAAUCUGACCCUGAUUACGGGCGCAGAGCCACGAUCAGAGACAAGAUAUCCAAGUAUUUGGAGAAGGCAGAGAGGCUUUACAACAGGCAUCUGAACUGCAACGUAGGCAUGCUUUCCAAGCCUACUAGUGAAUUGGGAAAUUAUAAAGUAUUACGUGUUAUAGGCUCGGUCAUGCUGGUCAGAGACACUUCGCGUGAUUGCAAUAGAGUUAUAAAGACAGUCCAAAAGCCGGCUGGGUGCCUUGGGAGUCUCCGCGAUUACAUUCUGCGUGGCAAAAUCCCAUUCAUGGUACGGCUUUACGCAUGCAUAGAAACGGAUUCGACGAUAUUUCUUGUCCUGCACUAUGCGAGUGGAGGAAAGCUCUGGGAAUAUAUCAAGUCGUACUACAAGGGCCGCAACACAGUCUCUAAUUGGAGAGAGAAAGGGCAUACAAGGUCAGUGAGUUGCGACGCUAUUAUUCAGUCGAGUCUAGAAAAGAAGAAGCUAGAAGUUAAGGAAAGACUGUUACCGAAAAUUGACGGACUUGGUGAGGUCUCGAAAGACAGAGCUUGUGGCAGCAGAGAAAAUCUCGAUCCGCAAGAAGAGGAGACGAUCGAUCCUGAUGAAUCGCUCAGAAGAUUAGAGGCAAAAUUUGGAGCCAAUGCUGCGCCUGUUAAAACAUUUCAAACCACGGACUUACUCGCUAAAGCCCAAGAACUUCUGCGAUUGGUUGACGCCACUCUGAAGAAAAGCAAUUCAAUAGCCAGCAGGUUGAAUGAAUCUGGCACUUUACUGUACAGUGAAGAUAAGCCGGAUCAUUCUCGAAAUUUAGCUCACGGUGGGGAGUUUCAGGCCCUGAAUGUAACAGAAAUCGAUAAACUCAGUCAAGGUAACAGCAUAGAUGGCGUUCAUGGUAUUGGAUCUGGAAAUAUAGAUCUGAAAGCAAAAAAUAAAAGAUCAGACGAAGCUUUGGCAAAUUCUAAGUCUAAUUUUGUUAAGAACUUCAAAGUUGAGGACGAGUUAGUGAAAGAAUUGUCAAAACUCAAUGGCUCUCAUAGAGUGAUUGAGGAAACUAUGAAUUCUGGCCAAUUGCAAUCGAUCGUUAACGAGGACAGCGGUAUUGAAAUGGAUGACGAACUCUGGAAGCUUCCCGAAGGAACCAUCCGAUAUUGGGCAGCUGAAAUACUCCUGGCACUGGAAUCUCUGCACCAGCAGGGUGUCAUAGUCGGAAAUUUAAAACCAGAUAAUAUAUUAUUAGGCAGCGGAGGCCAUGUCGCGAUGACUUACAUUGUCCCAAAACGAAGCUUCGAACUCUUGCAGCUAAAGAAGCCCUACUCAGCCCCUGAACUUUGUAUCUUCUCACCAACAAUUCCACCCUCCACUGCUGCCGAUGUUUGGAGCUACGGAGUCCUGCUCUACGAGCUCUUCACUGGAAUUAAAUUCCAAACUAAACAUCCCGGACCAUAUCACUCGCAUUCUAUUCUCAACAUUCCUGAAGAACUAUCAGCGAACGUGAAAUCAUUGAUCUCUAAUGUAUUGCGAUACAAGCCAGAGGAACGUUUAUCUAUUCCCGAAAUCAAAGAGUCUCCAUUCUUCUCUGGUAUUGAUUGGACCGCCUGGGCUAACUCUAGUUUUACUUAGUCGUAAUAUACCUAUUUUUUUCCUUCUACAGUACGCCAUAUCAUGUAUUUGUCAAUCUCCAGUCAGUGUAUAACUAGUUCAAAAAUAACGAACAAAAUAAUAUUUAUCACAAUCGACAUAAUUAAAAGUAUAUAAUAUGUA